AUGAUACGAUUCAAAAAAGGCCGGUCCUCACUGAAGCAGUUCCUUCCAAUGAAACCUAUAGAGCGGGGAUACAAGGUGUGGUGCAGAGCCGACUCUCAGGCAGGUUACCUGAUUGAAUUUCAGGUCUACGAAGGUAAAGGUGCAGACCGACCUGCGAACUUAGGUCUUGGUGAGCAUGUUGUGCUCUCCCUCAUUGACCGAGUAGAGGCUGGCACGCCGCUAUAUUUCGAUAACUUUUUCACGUCCACACGCCUAAUGGAGGCCUUGAAAGAAAAGAACAUUUUGGCCGCAGGAACGAUUCGCCCAAACAGCAAGGACUUACCUGACGAAAUCAAACGGGAUAACAAGCUACAGAAGGGACAGUAUAUCUGGCAUGCGAAAGGGAGCAUCACAGCUUAUCAGUGGCGGGACACGAAAAACGUACACGUGCUGUCCAACUUUCAUCACCCCAGCGACACUGAGGACGUUGUUCGAAAGCUUUCUGAUGGCUCAUCUAUAUCCGUCCAGUGCCCAAAAGCAGUCUCCGACUACAAUACCUGGAUGGGCGGAGUCGACAAGUUUGACCAAAGAAGGAAUGCAUACCCGGUGGAUCGACCAUCGAAGAAGUCGUGGUACCGAAUUUUUUACUUUCUGCUGGACGCAGCAAUAGUAAAUGCUUUUCUUCAAAUGAAAGCAGUCAGUGAAAUGAGCUACCUUUGGUUCCGGCUCGUCCUUGGUCGCCAGCUGAUAAACGGGCAAACAUUCAAAGGGUCCAGCAAUCACCCUUAUCGAGUCAACAAAAAAGGUGCCAAACAUGGCCAGAAAAUGGUAGGCGUUGCUGAUGAAGAUGAUGAUGGGAGCUGGACAUCACCCUCAGAAGAUUGCAAAAAGGAGGCGGUGUCGUUGGUGCUCGACUGCCAAGAAAGAAGCACGCACCAACCUUCUGUGUUCUGUGUGCAAUGUGCCCCUUUGUUCAACGUGUUUUGA